CAUAUUAUUGGUAGAUAUAUUACCAUACCUAAAAGUGACAUUUAAUUCACUUUUUGUGUUUAGUUCGAAAUUAACGUGUCUAAUGAAGUAAUGGUGGCGUUUCAGUAAGUGGAGAGACGACACAGUUAUUAGUUUGGGUUUUUUCUUUAAUUUACUGAUCCAAUAAAUUAAAAUGAUGAUCUCACACGUGCCUUGGAUCUUUAUUGUGCUCACUGCUACAACCAUUUCGAUCAUUCACUGCAAACAUAACCAAACUCAAAAUGGAAAGAUACUUCCGGGUUUGUACAAGAUGGAUGACUUUUACAACUGUUCAAAGCCAGAGAACUUUUGUUGGGCUUCACUAAGGCUAUCACCAAUAUUACCUUACGAUGACUACUAUAAAUUUCUCGAGGAAUCAAGUCAAACCAAUUUUAAGUUAAACCACACCAUAAUGAUCAGAAUAGUAUGUAUACCACCGCAGUACAACACCUACGACGAAAAGAAAAGGUACAUUGAAAACCGGGGAAACGAAGAAGUGAAACCGUACAAUCUUACAACUGCAAUGUACAGGAUUAGAUGUUAUAGGGCUAAACCGCCGGAUAGCAACAUAUUUUGGCAGGUGGUUUUCAUGGUAUCGUACGUCAGCCUAAUAGCGUUCGCAACUAUAUACGAUCGAACCGUCUUGCAUAAGCGAAAAAAUUAUACGAAAUUGCAACAAUUUUUAAAAUGUUUUUCAUUAACGAAUUACGAGGAAACGUCAGUAAAAAACAAGCCGGAUUUUCAGAGGUUAAAAAGUAUGCAUGGGUUACGAAGUAUUCAGGCAGUUUUCGUAAUAUCUGGACACGUGCUGCUUAAUCAGGCCAUGAAACCGUUUUCGAAUCCAGAAUUCCUGGAACACGUUUUCACGUAUAAUAUUCUCGAGUACCUAGUGUUUCUCUUGCUCGUCGUUCUAUCAACGUUUUUUAUGUACUCCAAUUGGCUCUUGACUAACUUUAUUUUACAAAUGCACAAGCGCAAUGGUGAGUUUUCAUUUCGGGAUGCAGCCACUCUAUUUUUCACUCGAAUACUUAGAACUUGGCCAUUUUUGUAUAUAAUGAUAUUCAUAAUAACGCCAAUAUUUUUCCAUAUUGGAUAUGGCCCAGGCUCUUUUCCCGUGGCCAAUAUAGUUAAAGACGGUUGUGAUAAGAAUUGGUGGGUAACCUUUUUGCUCGCCACGAAUUUUGUGAAAAACGACGAAAGUUGUCAUAUAGGCAUGUGGUCUCUUUCUCUAGAUACCCAAUUCUUCCUCGCCACUAUUAUUUUCUGGUACAUUGUUUUAAAAUAUAAAUUGAACAUCAAAAAAUCGAUUUUUGGACUGUUUGCUUUUUCUGUUGGAGUAAGCGCUUUUAUCGCUUACCAUUUCGACACACGAUUAGAGCACUGGAUAAGUUUAAAGCAAGUAGUAGACCUGAACUUCUUCGAAGAUCCAAGACUGCAUUACAUCUAUUUUAGUUUUUGGGUUAAUUUACCCUCAAACUUGAUUGGCAUGAUUUUCGGUUAUUUCUACUUUAAAUCGAACGACGAAGCCGUGAAGCAAGAACCUUACGAAAAAUAUUACAAGAUCAUGUUCUACUCGAUUCCCCCAAUAGUAAUUUACUCUGCGCUUGGGACCUACUCUCGUAUCCAAUCGGCAUUUGUAGUUCCUCUAUUAAGAAUUGCAUUUAAUACAGCCAUUGCUGUGGGAAUAUAUGGACUAUCCAGGGGAGUUAUCCAAGGGUGGCCGCAGAAGAUCCUUGAGAAUAAGUAUCUCAUAAAGCUAGGAGACUACACUUUUUGUACUUACAUUUUCCAUUUCUAUUUCGUGUUCGUUAAAGGUUACACGUCGACUGUGUUAAACGAGAUCAGUGUAGUGAGAACUGCCUUUAUUUCUCUCCAAGAUGUUAUAUUGUGUUUCAUCGUUGGACUAGUGACAACGAUAUUGUUCGUAGUGCCUAUGAACUACCUGAAGAAAUUCAUGUUACCUUCCCCAAUGAGAGGGAAGCAUGCCAAAUCUGAAAAACAGGAUAAAUUAAACGGUCGGGAUAAUACAAAAGUGCAAUAAUAAAUCAGAGAUGUUAAUGAAAGAAAAAAUAUAACAUGGUGUUAAAUGAC